UUUGGUUAGGAUUAGUGACAUUGUGUUGAAAAUAACUAAUUUCUGAUCAGAAAAAUGAAAUUAUUCCAAUUUUUAAUGCGACGAUCUUAUAUGCCUAACGGUCACAUAUAUCGUGGAAAACAGAAAUUGAUUAAGACACCAACAAUAAAAGAUCUUCAAGAACUAAAAAAUCAAAUAGCAAUUGAAGAGGAAAAUAUGUUCUAUUUAAGACAUCCUUACCUCACUUUCGAACAAUCUAAUGGUCAUGCUCUAGAUCUUAAAAAAAAUGAACUUCGAAUGCAACGUUUGAUAAAGGUGAAGAAAGAUUUCAAAGAUAACGUGACAAUUGAAUCUAGGCUAGGACAUCUGAGGCAUAAAGAAUGUUGGGAUUGAAUUUAUUGUUAGAGAUUUUUGUUUUAGAAAACAUGAAUGUCAUAUAGUUGAUUAAAACUAGUCAAUUGAA